AUGAUCCAGAAUCACUACCACCUGUCGUUAUCAUAUCUUACUACUUUCCGAAAGGAUAUUGCGCUUAUCCCGAGGAGCAGCCAUUGGGUGUUGGAAGGAAGUCGACAGAGUCUCUUUACUCCUGGAAGUUUGGACCGUAGAAUUGCAGAUUCCUGUAUUAUCAGUCCAAUGCACAGUAAACUUUCAGCCUUAAGAUCCAAUCACCAAAGUGCGAACAUGCCGAUCAAGGUAUCUACAGUGAACCUGAACAAGACAAUCAAAAAAGAUAUCCUGCAUAAUGAGCUACGCAACAAUGAAUUGAAAAACAAGCAUAUAGUUCGAGUUAAUUGUGAGCUAAGAACGGAACAAGUGAAUAAUCCGUCAGAAAAUGUGUGCAAGCCAGCUGAAUCUAGAUUUAUCCAGCCAACGUGUCAAUAUUUAAAGAAGAGCGACACAAACACACCAUUUUCAUCUGAACAAAAUAGGAGUACUCUUAAUCUGAAAUCUCUUGAUUGGGAAGGUAUGUUGUCUCCCGCCUGUGGUCAACUGAAGCUUGCGUUUCCAUUUAAUGAAAUAGGCAGACGAAGUAUUUAUGGCAACAAUAACAAAGAUAAGAAGUCUCAUUUGCUCUCCUGUGCAUCGUCUAAACGAACAUUCAUCCAGUGCAUCAUUCGUCUGGUUCGCCACAGAGAAAGAGAAGUUGUUGCUGGGAGGGAAAUACUUGAUCCUAGAGUAAUUGACAUCCCUGAUAUCUGGUCAUAG